AUGGGUGCGCCACCUGCAAAGAAGCCGUUGGUCAACAGGAAUUUAAUAUCCUUGAAAAUUGUACUCUUCCUGUUCUACGGAGCGUUAGGAUGUCUUCAUCCGUACAUCCAGAAGCACAUGACCCUGACCGGGUUGAAUUACUACGAAUCGCAGUUGGUGACGCUGAUUGCCCCGUUGGUGGCAAUACUGGGACCGUUAAUAAUUGCCCCACUGGUGGAUCGGUUGGCAGGACGCUCUGGUACAUCCUUCGGUAAACGGUUGCGCUUGCUGGCCGCCCUCUGCAUGAUCGUGUCCGUCAUUCUCUACUCGGUAUUGUUCUUUGUCGUUCCGAGGGUGGAACGGGAAGAAUCAAGCCGCUCGCAGGUAAGCUUCGCCUGUGACUAUGACGGUGCCAUCAUCUUUCAGCAGCGCUGCAGUGAGGAACGCACCUGUUAUCAGUGGAAACGUGAGAAGAUUGGCCACCUGACGCUUACGAACUGUUCCUACACCUGCCAGAAACCGGUGGAGUUCGAGAACCUUAACCACCCGUACACGAAGGGCCUAAUACUGCCCUCGUCCACGGAGAGUUCGGUGGAGGAUGAAGACUACGACUUGAAUGAUGAGCCACUGCCGGCACCGGAAAAUAUACGGCAGGAGCCCAAAGUGCAGGUAGAUAACACACCGAUCCCCGUGCCGCACAUUUGUGAGCACAAAGGCCACCCGGAGAAGGAACUGUGCCACGCGUACACAUCCGCGUCGGAGUCCCUGAAGCUUGCUACCGUGCUGCGCAGCGCCGUUAAUGAGGAAAACGAGACGCACAGUGCGGAAUGGUGUCGUUACCCGCUCGAUGGGUUCUCCUGUGACAUCCCGGAGAAACAAAUCAUCUGGAUGAAGUUGCUGACCAACUCAUCCAACUGCACGCCGAAGGUGGAGUGUGAGGUACACGAUCCGUACGAUGAUGAGGAGAGCGUACUUUCGGAAAGUGUGUGCAUGCGGAUUGUUGGAGAUCCCGAGGUUACAUUCUGGUCGUAUAUUGCACUGCGGUCUUUCGGCGAUGCGUUCCUGCUUGCCGUGAUUGUACUACUGAACGCAGCUACUAUCAUCGCCACGCGUGAAACUUCUACCGGUCGCGGUGACUUCGGUCGGCAGAUUGUGUGGGGUGCGAUUGGAUGGGCGGUAUCGUACUUUGCGCUUGGGUGGUUCUUCGAAACGUACUACGGAUACGUCGCCCUAGCGCUGUUGGCCGCCUUAGUGCUGCUGGUGUCGUCUGGAAUGCCGCUUACACCGCCCGAGAUGUGGUGGCACACGAAAUGCGGCAUGGUCGCUAUCCCGAUGUCCGCCAUUCGUCGGUACGGUCCCGAGUCGGCCGGUCUCUGUUUGGUGACACUGAUCCUCGGCACGUUCUGGGCCGUGCUCGAUAACUAUGAAGGUGUGCUGGUGAAGACGUACGACAUACAUCCACCGGCCGACAGCUAUUACGGUGAAGUUUGGAGUGCUUUCGUCGUACUCGGCGCGUUGCUCACAAUUCCGGCCCUAUGGUACGCGGAGAAGAUUGUCGACUUCUGCGGUCACUCCAACAUCCUGAUCACCGCCAUUACGACGUUUAUCUUCCGCUUUUCACUGCUCGCCACGACCGAAGUCGCCUGGUGGCGUGUGAUCAUCGACUUCCUCUACCCGGUCACACUCGGACUCACCUGGCUGACGAUCGUGUUCUACAUGCGCCACAUUAUGCCGCGCCGUAUCAUCACCACCGGUCAGGCACUGCCCGUCAUCUUUCACUUCUGUCUUGGACGCUUCGUCGGUGCGCUCAUCGGCAUGUGGACGAACAUAGAUGAUCUGAUCGUCACCUUCCAGGCACUGGCAAUCAGUGCGUGUAUCAUCUCCGUCCUGUACUUCCUGCUUUACCAUCUCGUGCUCGCGCCACGCUGUGCCGCCCGUCUGCAUCACGAACCGUCCGCCUCGGCCCUGAACAUUACCGCACCCGAGACGGGCAAUGGGCACCAGCAGCAGACGGCUGUGGCACAACCUGUCCAGACGAACGGUAGCUACCAACCGCUCCGGAUCUAUCACAACUACCGUGGUCGGAAAGGGCACUUCCGCUACUAA